AUGCCUCCGCCGCCGCCGCCGUCGCCGCCGCCGCCCGCGUCGUCGGCGCUCGACAACGUGGAGACCAAGAUAAGCCCCAGCAUCGUCUUCAUCGUGGCGAUCCUGGCGAUCGUCUUCUUCGUCUGCGGCCUGGUGCACCUGCUGGUGCGCCACCUGCUACGGCUGCGCCGGCGCCGCAGCCGCGCGCGGGAGGACGCGGACAGCGUCACGGCGUUCCAGGGCCAGCUGCAGCAGCUCUUCCACCUGCACGACGCCGGCGUGGACCAGGCCUUCAUCGACGCGCUCCCGGUGUUCCUCUACCGCAACGUCGUCGGCGACGGGGGCGGGCACGGGGAGGGCAAGGACCCGUUCGACUGCGCCGUGUGCCUGUGCGAGUUCUCGCCCGACGACCAGCUCCGGCUGCUGCCCAAGUGCAGCCACGCGUUCCACCUCGAGUGCAUCGACACGUGGCUGCUGUCCCACUCCACCUGCCCGCUCUGCCGCCGGAGCCUCCUCGCCGAGCUCUCGCCGACGUGCAGCCCCGUCGUGAUGGUGCUCGAGUCCGACAGCACGCGCUACAUGGCCGCGUCGGCGGCUCGGGCCACUGACGACGCCGACGGCGAGCCAAGCGCUGGGGCCACGGUGGCGCAGGAAGGAGCGGAGGAAGUGGUCGAGGUGAAGCUGGGGAAGUUCAAGUGCGUCGAAGGCAACAGCGCCACCGCCAAAGCAGCAGCGGACGGAGCAGGGACCAGUGGCGACGGCGACAGCGACGCCAGUGCCCGUGCCAAGGAAGGUCUCGGGCAGAGAAGGUGCCACUCCAUGGGGUCCUACGAGUACGUCAUGGACGACCGCGCCUCGCUCCGCGUGGCGAUCAAGCCUCCCAAGAAGAAGCCCGCGGUGUCCAAGUCGCGCCGCCGCGGCGCCAUGUCGGAGUGCGAGUUCGGCGCGUCCAAGCGCGGGGAGACCUCGCUACGCCUGCCAUUCCCAGCAGCAGCGCACAAGCAGCAGCUGCUGCAGUCGGACGCGGCCACGGCGAAGCUCACCAAGGACAGCUUCUCCAUGUCGAAGAUUUGGAUGGUGCCGGCGUCCAAGAAGGACCCCGACGCGGCCGGCGAGAGGCGCGCGGUGUCGUUCCGGUGGCCCGUGAGCAGCAAGGACGAGGGAGACGGGAAGGACAGGAAGAGCGGGAGCGAGGCGGACUGGGACGUUGAGGCCGGGAGCUGCGGCGGCAACAGUGUCGUGUCGUCGCUGGCGGAGGAGAGGCCGUCCUUCGCGAGGAGGACCCUGCUCUGGGUCGUCGGAGGCCGGCAACAGAGCAGAGUCGGGAACUGUUCAUGA